AUGGCGGCGACCAAACUUAUACUAUUUCUAAUAUUGUUUACACUGCCCUAUAUUUAUUGUGAAGACAAUUACACAUCUCUGAAGAGAGUAAUAUCAGCCUUAGAAAAACUGCUGAAAUUUUACAAAGGAAAUUAUCGUGAUCUAAAUUUGGAUGGACUUUUUGGUCUUCGUGCUGCGGAGGGUCACAUUCAUUUGAUACUGUCUGAGCAUAAAAAUGGUAGUCAUGCUUGGUUUACUCCUAACAUACUAUCACAACUUCAGUCCUUGGCAAAUACUAGUUCAGCUGUUAGUGCUGAAGCUUUAGAAUUUGUCAAACAGGAUGAUGAAGAAUAUUAUAACAAUUUAAAAUACCUAAUAGAACAUCCCUGGGAUAUUGCACAUAAACACAGAAAAUUGGAUGCUGAAUUACGAUGGACACCAAAAAUAUACAAACUCAGUAAAUCAGUGAAAUUUGAUGAAAGUGUAAGUGAUACCUGUAUGAGUAAUAUAGCUGGUAAUGAUAAAAAUAUUAAAAAAUGUACCAUAACUAAGAACUGUCUAGAUGUUAUGACAGCUAAAGGCUUAACAGAGUAUGGUAUAACACAUCAAUUAUUGUGGACAAUGUUAGCUGAAAAGGCUGGUUGUCUUCAAGAAUUGGGUAGUUUGUUGGGAUCUGCUAAAGAAACCAGUGUUAGUAAAAUGCAGACUGAAUUUUGUACCAACAAUUUUUAUGAAAUGGCUGCUGUGGUACAUAUUUACAUGCAGGGGACUAUAACUGGAGAUUAUCAAGAUUUAUUUUUAGAGCAGCAAUUUGUUUGCCCAAGUUUAGGUUUUUACGAGUUUUUGAAAAAAGAAUAUCUAGACCAGAUAUUAUCUUGGCAGUUUGAAUCUGGAUGUUUUGCAAUAAUGAAAGAUAAAGAUCAGAAAGCUCCAAAAGAGAAAUUUAUGGAAAAUCUCAAGGCUAUGGCUGAAAAAUCACCACAAAUUCCAGAUUUAAAAUUUGAUAAUCAACAGAAUCUACACGGCAAUCCUAAUGUAAAUAACCUACAACAGAAACAGUCUAUGUUUGUUAAUAACCUUCAACAGUCUUUCACAAACUUCCCGACAAAACAACCCAAUGUUUACCAAGGCAUAAUAAACAAUAGAAAUACAAUACCUCAUAUAAACAAUGUUAAUAAUCUCAAAAAUAAUAUCCUAAAUUCUCACUUAUAUCAAGCCUUAAAACCUGGAUAUGGUGCCAAUCAAGCUGAUGGGAGGCAGGUAAAUCAACCUGUUGUAAAUCAACCUUUUCAAAAUCAACUAAAUCAAGGUGUACAAAGUCACUUGAAGCCACUCAAUGGCAAUCAGCAUGAUCAAAAUCAACCUGGUGGAAAUCAACUUGUUCAAAACCAAUUAAAUCAACAUAAUGGAAAUGAUCAAAAUUUAAAUCAACAUUUUCAAAAUCAAAACAACCACCAAAAUAGAAAUCAACCAGUGUACAAUCAAAUAACUAAAUCAAUCAAUAGACAUAAUCCAUUUUUACCAAAUCAAAACUUUAACCAAAUGCGGAGAAUGAACCAGCCAAUCCUGAAUCAAGUGAGAAUUGGUAGAAAAUUACUAGUUGAUAAAGAAAUGAAAGAUGGCUGUUUAGCUCAUACUACAGCUGUAGCAGCUGGAGCAUUAGUUAUGUACUUGCGCUUUUUGAUUGAUCCUGGACCGAUGGACUUCCAUGGAUCACAUCAUAUACUACAAGAAACCUCCAGAUCAUUACUGUCACCUAUUAGAGAUGAAAAUCCAGCUGGUGGAGAAUCAAGGAAAGUAAAGCAAGAGGGAUUAAUACCAGUCAAUAAAGAUGAGUUAGGUUCAGAAAUUAAUCUCAAUCCAGACCAAGGUGUUGAUGAUCCUAAUGUUAACGAUAUCGUGGAAGAAGAUGAAGAUGAAGAAGAUGAGGAUGAUGAAUACAAUGAUGUUAAUGAAAAUGAAGAUCCAGAUUAUAAUGAAGAUAAUGAAGAGAUAAAAGAUGAAGAUAUUUACCCUGAUGCUAAUCCCAAUGAUAACAGUAAACAUAAGGUGGUGCACUUUGGAAAAGAUGUUGGAAAACAUAAAAAUUAUUUUGAAGGUGAUCUGAAUGAGAAAAAUCAGAAAGCCAAUGAGGAUGGGGAUUAUACUUAUUAUGAGGAAGAUAAUAAAAUAAAGAAUAUUCCACCCAAUAUCGACUUAGAUAUAAAACCUUUAGACAAUAAUGAUAAUGAUAUCAAAAUAGAUAAUCAUGAUAUAGUACACAAUAGUAAUAAUAAUGAAAUAAACAGCGUUGAAAGUAUUCAAGGAAAUUUUGUCGGAACCAGUUUAGAACAUCCCUCUAAUGCUGAACCAUCUGGUCUACGAACAUCUUUUGUGUUUUUCUCAGUGUGUUGCUUUGUUAUUCUAUUUUUUAUGUUUCGUUUUAUUAAAAAGAGACGGAUCCAUAUUCGAUAUCAUCCUCGUGGGUUAUUAAGACAUUGA